AUGGAAAUCCAUGGGUACGACGCGCUUGUGUAUUACGCCACACCACCAAACAGCUACAUCGGCACCACCAUCUUCCUCUCCUACAUCGUCGCAGCACUCUACGCGACUAUCAAGAUCAGCUACUCGCUCUACGCUCAAUACACGGCCAUAUUCAAUGCCGUCAGCUCGUCAAAAGAUGAGAAACUCAAUGCAGCAAAGGCAGCGCGAGCGCGCCACAUCAAGAUCUACGCGUUCCUCGCUUCAAUCAGUUUCGCGACGCUAUCCUACAACAUGCUCAUGUUCCUGAUCACGCACUACCUGGAAUGGAGCGGAGAUAAGAGCCGGAGCUUUAGUAAUGUCAAUGCCGAUCAGGUGAAGAGAUGGAUGCUGGAGUCGACUUUAUUCCAAGAUUUCGCGCAGGAUCUGGUCAAAGAUGCGCCGAACGCGGUGUGGACGCAGGCAGCGAUUCUGGCGACGUGGUUUUGGAAUAUUUAUAUGGCGCAAAAGGGCAAGUGA